UAAUUCUGGACCUGGAAGAAGAAAGUUGUACUACUACGUUACGGUUAUUACGGUGGUGGUGGUGGUUGAUCCUCGUCGUCGUCGUCGUGGUAGUCACAGGAGGAGGGAGAGACGACACUUUUUUCAUCACCUGCUCACCUUGCUUACUUUUCUACACACCUCACAUCCUACUUUCACCACCAACAACGUGACCACCACACAACCUCCACCUCCUCCUCGUCGUAUUUAUGAGAGAGGAGAUUUUUUAUAUCAAUAGUUGCACAAGAUAAACAUUAUUGUAUUCAAGAGCACAACUCUAACACUACUUUCGCACAAUUACUACUAUACUCUUUCACUGGCUGAGUGAGUCAACCGUAUGUACAAAAUUUUGAUACAUUUUUACCCUAUCACUCUCAAUCUCUUGGCCAAAAGUACGAUAACAAGGGUAGGAUUAACUAGAGAUCAGAUAUACGACUUUCUAGUACCGUAUUUCUAUUAUGAGCCAAGGGGACAAACCGUCCACCUCGGCUCAACUACAAGAACAAAUAUUCCCUACAACCCCGGAGAAUCCUAAUCUUCAUAGAAUUUUGGUCACAAAGUGUUCAUCUUCACCGCCACGAAGUCGCAGUCAAAGUGCUGGAAGUGCUCAUAAGGAAGCUCUCUUAUUUUUCGAGAGACACCAACUUUUUAAAGAGGAAGAGGAUAAUCCUGCCCUUUCUGGAGCGUCGUCGCCCCUCGGUGGCAGCGAGACUGAGAGAAAACGUCGUCACGAAGACGAGGAGAAGCGCCUCAUAAGGAAGAAAAGUCUUCGAGGUCGCAGCCAGAGUCAGCCGAGCCAGAUUUUGCUGUGUACUUCAACCGGUGGGACGACAAGUAUCACGACCUGCACAACUACCGGCCUGGGUUCGGGUGACAUUGGAUUAUCCUCCAGUGAGCAGCGUCAAGAGAAAAAGUGCUCCUCGUGGCUGGAACAGAUUCAAUUUACUGCUCAAUACCAACAUUAUCGGACUAAUGAUUACUCUUCGGUUGUGAAUUCGGCUUAUUCUCUGGAUAAAGCGGGUCGUGGAUCGGGACAGAUCGCUGGACUUUUAAGUGGUGCAGGUGGUGGAACUACAAGUACUACUUUGAAACCACCCAUUUCUUCAACCCCACCCACUCGCCGGACAGCUCCGCCUCCCCUCUGUUUCCACUUUCCGAAAGUGAGGGUAAAACUCCCCCGAAUUUUUAACGCCAAAUCACUCGACGACAUCCUCGGGACGAAUAAAUCCUCGUCUACCCGGAGUAAUAAUAAGUCUCAACAGCAGAAACUAGUCUCAUCUACCACCUCAUCAUGCACGUCUCCUCAUCCUCAUAAUUUGGAGAUCGAUCUCGACAGCAAUAGCAGCGUGGGCAUCACAACUCCCGGAAUCACCAAUACGACCGGAGGUACGAAUGUGACAGAAGGAUUUACAACGACGAGUGGCUAUUUUUCCGACCUAGAUCGGAGAGAAAGUUGCGAUCUCUUGGUCGUAGAUCAGGAAGAUUUUGGAGAUGAGGGAGAACGGAGAAGGAGGCAUUCAAGUCUCGUUUCAUAUUGUGAAAUCAAAGUGGGGACAAAAAGUGGUGAUAAUAGGGAUGCUCGUGGCAGUAUAAUAAGUAGCACGACAUUACCCCCGAUACCGUUGGAUAGGGUAACUUCGCCGGCGAUAACUCCCAAGGAGGCAGGAUCCACAAGAAGUAGAAAGUGGUCUGGCUCAUCCCUCCAGAAAACUACAUCCAACUUAACCUCCGCAUUUCUCUUACGAAUCCCCCCGUUUUCCUCCUCCUCAGACAAUAAGUCCCCUCAGUACAGUAAACAGAAACAAUCUAAAUUUAAUAAGAAUCCGAGUAAAAGUCAGAGUUCCGGGUCUUUAAACAGAGUGUCAGUCGUAUCGUGUGCCAAUCCCACAAACGGUAUUUCAGCACGUGCCAAAGAACCUUGUUCUGCUACGACCAGCAACCCGAUUGCCAAACAGAUUACCAAGUCAGAUAAUUAUCUAAAUCGCAUCGUCACCUCCACUUCGGCCCGAUUCUUUUCCGUCGGAGGAGGUAAAUCCUCCGCAACGACGGCGGAGUGUUCAAGUACUGGUAGAAAUAGUAAAGGUAUUAAAACCAAGGGGAAUAAAAAGGAGAACAGCAACAAGGAGAACAAUAGUAGAUCCAGUAUUAGUGGAGCUAGUGUUACGAGCGACUUUAGCAGCACCACGUCAGAUCAACCUCCUUCUACGCAGAGGAAAUGGACUACUGUGAAGCACAAGUGGGAUCUAAAACUCCAAUUACCUCCCAAUGAGAUUGACUCUGAUUCCACGAGUAGUCAACAACCCGAAGAAUCUCAACGCUUACUUUUUAUCAAGUCACAAAUAGGACAAUUAGUUGAAGCUCAAGCGAAACAAAGGCAAGCUUCACUGGACUAUGGGGCGUCGCAAUCUCCAAAAAGUGAAGUUCAUGUUAGACCCCAUGAGGCGGGCAGGGUCUCUUUUCGCCUAGAACCAGAAGAAAUCCCGGACACUUGCAUUUUAAAGGGUUCUUCGUCCUUUAACAGUACGAGCAACUCGUCCCAAAUUGCGAGCCCGUCAGGAGGAGAACUUUAUCGUGGCGACGAUUAUUCCGAAGACGGCGACGAAAUGACGAAAUCGCAGCAGCACCACCAUUUCCACUAUGCUCCUACUAAAUGUCAAGGUCGCAACAGAAACGUGAACCAGCCCGUCGUCGUCGCAGACAAUGCACCCAGUGGUUCUACUAAAAGUACCUCCAACAAUAAAUCCAAGGAGAAAGUGCACCUAGUCGUGGCGAAUGUUUCCUACUUGCAGAGACCGAUUUCCCCUUGUCGCCCUCCUGGUCACACGACCACGCCGACGACGCCCUCCACCGCUGCAUCGUCCCCUGGAGUCUUUUCACUCCUUCCAUCUGGGCCGGCCUCAAGUGGAGACUCGACAAUUAAAUGUACAAAGUCAUCAAAAUCAAUUGCAACGAGGGGGAACAUUAAUGAAGCGAGACUAAUUGGGGACAACAUUAAUAACGUUGGUGGCGUUGGUUGUGGGCUGUCAUGUCUCAGCUACAAUAGGGACGAUGUCCUCUCGCCCGUUGUUAACAAGCUAAAUGAGAAGGAGGAUAAAAAGUGGAGUGGUGGUGAAGGUGCUAAAAAGUCUUUGUAUGGGCAAGACGAGGAUUAUUGUGCUGGUAACAAAAAGAGUGACACAUUGAUAUCUGCUGGCAGUGAUACGAAGAGAAGAUCUCUCCAAAAUCAGAAUCAAUUUGGAGCUACGACGACGAGGAGCGAUGUGGAUUCUUCCGAUUCUUCCGCAUUAACAAGAUUUCACCCCGAAUUUCAAGAAGAACACGACGCCGACAAAAUGGGAGACCUUCAAAGUCCAACCUAUGUCAAAAGGACGGCUCACAUGUUCAACUCUAUUUAUUCUUCACAGAAUGGAUCACCUCCCGUUGUGGACCACAAUCCAUCAUACCUAAACGUAUCGAAGUCAGUAAGCGGCUACUCCUGUCUUUCCUACAAUGGGAACAGUGUCACGAAUGGGAUAACUACUGUGACCAACGGAAGUUCAGCACCAAAAAAUAGAAUAUCUAGUAACGGAGCGUCAUCAACAUCAGCUCCUCCCUACUCGCACAGAUUUGUACAGAACGGUGCUGGAAAACCUGCAACAGCAUCUUCAAAUCGCUCAGAAUUCAGAAUCAAAGUCAAUCAGAACCAAGAUCAGGUCCGAUCAGGAUCACCCAACUCUAGAGAUUUGGCACUGUCUCCGACACGAAAAGGUAGCAAGUUGUUGACCAAAGAUAUAGACGAGGACGUUUCCGAUUCUAAUUACGUCCCCUCGCACGGAAAAUCCUUCAUCAUGCAGAGAAUUGAGCGACUUUAUGGUUCUGAUGCACACACUGUGACUGCCUCGACGGGAAUUGCGACGAGGAAAACGGUCAAUCAGUCUGGAGUUGGGGGAACGGUUACCACAAUCAAGUUUGAAACAGUGCAUCACCAUCAACCUAGUCGGGGAAAGGAGACUAUAAUUCCGAUUCAAUUGGAGAAAGAAAACAGACCGGAAGUUGAUCCUUCCAUAAAAACUUGUAUUCAAAGCUCAAUAGUUUCCAAGGAUAGAGAAGAAAUCAGUCAAAUUUCGUCUUCUGCUGGAUAUGAAAGGUGCUUCAGAGGGGACGAGAUUUUAAUACGAGAUCAAAAUGACGACGACACCCAUACCAAUAUUAUUAAUAUUAAACAAGAAGAAUCAAAAGAAUCAGAAUUAUCAUCAGAAAUGAAAUCAAUUUUAAAUCAUAAGUCAUUUGGAGGUCUCGGCAGUGUCACUUCCCUUGAACCAUGUCCUGGAAAACAUAAACUUGAAACAAUCACUCUGGAUGAGAAGGAUAGACACUUGCUAAUUUCAGGCAGUGAUAGCAAUUGUAGAGCAAAUGGAGACCAGCCAUUAUUGGCUCCAGUGGAAGAAAAUACCGGGAGCAGCAGUAGUAGUAUCAUUGCGACGGAUAAACAACCUGUUCCUUUAACCAAGACAAAAGUUAGCAUGGCAGAUCUCAAAGAUGGCAACUAUUUUCUUCAAGAGAUGAGAAACACUGUAACCGAGCUGCAGAGAUUGUGUGACAAGGCGACCCCGGAACUCGAAACGCUCGACCAGCAGAGUGACCGGGCUGGAAAUAUUUUAGCUGCCGUUGGAAAGUCGAAUCUGCUCAUUAAGAAAAAGUUUAAGCAGUUUGAAGAACUCUGCAAUGCUAAUUUGCGAGGCGUUACAAGUGACGAACCAGCAACAACAAAUGACGAUCUGGCCGGAUUUUGGGACAUGGUGAUGAUCCAGGUUGAGCAAGUCUUUAAUUUGUUUAAGGAUAUCGAAGAGAAUAAUUCCGGUGAUACUUUGGAUGUGAAACCAAAGACGACCAGUUCUCCAAAGAAAACAGCUCCUAGAGCACCGUCAACAAGGCCCACAGCAUCAAAGUCACAAAUCAGUGCUGCUGCCAAGGCCAGGGAUGAAUCCCGUAGAAAAAUGUUGGCCGAGAGGCGACGACAAUUAAAAGAGCAAGACGAAGGGACCAAAGCUCAAGAAGAUGUAGUAAUAUUUACUCCAGAAAACAAUUAAAUCUUCACACACCAGCAAAAUUACAAAGUGGCCACUCCUCCUCAACUUCUUCAAUUCAAACCCAAUAAGCAGCAAGCAAACCAUUAAAAAAUAUAUUGACUCUUGCACAGUUUGUCGAUUAAUUUGUAAUUUUUGUCGCUUUCCAAUUUUAACUUUAUAUAUGACUCGCUAAAUUGUCCAGUGUGGAGAUUUUUUUAUUUUAUUUUUGUACCUUUUGUCAGUUGAUUUUUUUUCAACCAAAAUGACCAAAGCUUUUCGCACAGCAGGUUCAAAUUUUGUACUGUACUAUAAAAUACGCAGUGUUAUUUCUAACUUAUUAGAUCCGAUUAAUUGAAUUAAGGAUCAAAGUACAUUGUCUGAAAGAGAUUAUGAUUCAUGAGACAACAAAACAAAUGAUGAGAUGAGAAGAAUAAUUAUAAUGACGACAUACAAACCCAACCAAUUAACGUUUUAUGUGGUUUUAUUACUAAACCUAAAUUCAUAAAUAGAUUUGACUUGCUUCUCUCUCAUGUCAUGAAUGGUGAAAGUGUGCAGAAAAUCGCGAUUUUACCCAUUUCUUGUUUGACCGUUUAACCUUGUGUAACCAACUAAUAGUACAAUUAUUGAACAUUGACCAGCUUUUGAUGAUUGAAAUGAACUUGAUCCAUGUAGUAGAAUCUCACAUAAAAGUAACGCUACUUGCAGAAUAAUGAAUGGAUCGACUACUAUUACAUAAACUUUGUUUUUAAGAAUCAAACAGAGUAUGUAGUCACACUUUUAGCAUUUGUACAACAAAUUGUGUGUAGUUGUGGGGUAAAACCAAUUAAUAAUAAUCAAUAGAAACCAAUAUAAUUUUUGUACCGAAGAGAAAGUUAAGAUGAAACAUAAUACUGGAGCUAUGGAUGGAUUUUGGAGAUGAAGAACAAUUUCAUACAUUUUUCAUGAAACCAAAUAAUUCUAGAAUUACGAGUAUUUAUUUGAAAUAUUGGACUAAAUUUUUGAAUUAUGUUUUGUAAGGGAAUGAAUUGUAAUUAGUUAAUAGUCGUGCAUACCUAUUAUGUAAUCAUGUAAGAUGAUGAUAAUGAUUCGUAUUUGUCAGUAUCGCAGUUAAUAAUAAUAAUUCCGGUGCUCACUACACUCAACCCGUUUAAAUACAGUAUUGUUGUAACGUUGUUAUCAUAAUCCAUUCGCUGUAGUCAAUAACGAGUAUCGCGAGUCAAAGGUUUACCACUAUUACAAAAGUAUGGAAUUGAUUGAUAGAAACUUUGCCGUGUAAUUUUGUCAAACUUUGAUCUAAAUUUAAAUAAUUACUUUUGAUUGAUGAAGCAAUCCAGUGUUAAUUUUAUCAAUGUGUUAAUUACCUACACUCAACAUUUCAUAUUUUCGUUACUUUUCCGACGAUUUAAGGCUGAUUUUUAAUUUUUUUAAAGCUUGACCAUUGAUUACAGAUAAUUUGAACGAGUUGAAAUCACAAUAAUAAAGCUUGUAAAGAUA